CGGCGAAAAAGCCGCCGCCGGUGCUGGCUGAGCGGCCCGUAUCGCGCCCGCUUCGAAGUACUGCGCCCCGGCGCCCGAACUCUCCGGCCUCGCUCGGGCGACGCCUCUGCGCCCCCGCCUCGUCUGCGUCGACGUCCUCGCGGGUGAAGCUCCUGCCCUCGCCGCAGCGGCAGCAGCAGGAAGAGGCGAAGCGGCGCCAUGCGAGCGGCCCAGGAGCGCGGUCAGGAGUGCCUCCCGCCCAAGAAGCGAGAGCUGCCCUCGGCCAGCAGCAACAGCCAGGACCGCGGGACGGGCGGUGGAGAGGCCUCGGCGGCGGCGGAAUGGGCCCGGGGGGCGGCGGCAUCCAGCGGACUGAGCCAGGCGCCGGCUUCCCGAUAUAGCGAGAGCGGUGGCGGCCCCCCAGAGGCUGUCGCUAGCUUGACCGUGGACCAGUACGGCCUGCUGUACAAAGUGGCGGCGGUGCCACCGGCUACCUUCUCGCCGGUGGUGAACGUGAGCUCGCUGCCCCCGGCCUUCAGCAUGCCCUCCCCGCUCCUGCAGCACCCAGCAAUCCAGUAUUCGCCCAUCCAUUACACUCCGUUGCCCCCAGCCCCCUUGCAGUUCGUCGGCUCACCCUACUCACUGCCCUAUACUGCUGCCACAGUUCCUUCGGGCUUCCUGCCUGGCCACCUUCUGCCGCCUCCAGCAGGCCUGAGCGCCUCCCACAUCCCUCACUUUGUGCCGUACGCUCCCCUGCUGGCUGAAGAUUCUGACCCUCCCCCACAGGCAGCCCCCUGCUUUGGCAAGACCUCUACUCCAGCUUCACCGCCAGGCCCUGUGCUGCAGCCCCAUGGAGGGAGCCAGCCACUGGAUGUUUCACAGGGCCGAAUUCCAGUCUAUUAUCAGAUGUCCCGCCUGCCCACAGGCUAUUCAACAUUUGAGGCUGCUGUUGCUGGCCUAAACCCAGAGCCCCCACCUCUGCUGGAGAGCCAGUUAAAUCCCAAAGUAGUCACAGCAAACGGGGAGCAGAGGUGUGCCACAGAGACAAAGGAAAGUGAGGCAGAAGGGCAGCGGCCAAGAACAGCUUUGGAGAGUGACACGGCGGGCCCCCUUUUAACCAGUGCUCAGAUUGUGAGAACGGAGGACUAUGUGCCAUCUCAGCGGAGUACCCCGGAAACAGACCUGGAGGUGCAGAGGGUGGUGGGAGUGCUUUCGUCUCAGGAUUACUCUGUUUGCUCUGCUCAGCAGAAGGAUGGCUCAAGCCCUCUAAACCUUUCCCAUCGCAAUCCCCCCGAGCAGAAAGAGGAGACAUUGAGGAACCCAGUGGAAGCUGCUGCUACUGCCACAGAGAAGUGCCAUUUGCAGAAACUGUCCACAAGGUCUCCCAAGGAGCAGCUCUGCCACAGGCAUGUCUGUGCAGAAUUGGCCAUGGCCAAUGGCAAGCCAAUCCCAGGAUCCUUCCAGCUUGCCGAUCAGGACAGCCUUGGCACAGCAAGUCCGGAGGCACAACCAGAGGCAGAACUUGCCCAUUCACAAAAUCAUUUGCCUUCCCAUUUCAUGAAAGGGGCCAUUAUCCAGCUGGCUACUGGGGAGCUGAAACGGGUGGAGGACCUGCAGACUCAGGACUUUGUGCGCAGCGCAGAAGUGAGCGGUGGUCUCAAGAUUGACUCGAGCACUGUGGUGGACCUCCAGGAGAGCCCGUGGCAAGGCCUUGUCACGCUGCAAUUUGUGGUUGGGGAGCAGCAGAGCAAAGUGAGCAUUGAUGUCCCCCCAGAACACCCUUUCUUUGUGUAUGGUCAGGGCUGGUCCUCCUGCAGUCCAGAGCGGACCACCCGGCUAUUCUCCCUGCCCUGCCACAGGCUCCAGGUGGGUGAUGUUUGCAUCUCUAUCAGUUUGCAGAGUCUGAAUGGAAGGCUUGCUCCCCAGGCCAACCCUGCAGAACUUGCCCAGGAGAGGACUGGGCAAAGCAUGCAGAGCAUCCGGGAGUCGCACCUCCCAACAGCGGAGAAAAGCCCUCUGCAGAAGGCUGGGGUGACCCUGGGCUCCCCUCAGGGAGCUUCCCACUUUGACCCCAUUUCUGUGCAUGGCUGGGCAGGUCCCAGCUUCCAAAGAUUUGGGGAAGAGCCCCAGCCCCCCCUGCUUCGGCCCUCGUUUAUUCCCCAAGAAGUUAAGUUGUCCAUUGAGGGCCGUUCAAAUGCAGGGAAGUGAAGCCCUUUUCGAAGGUGAACUGUUUGGCUUGCCAAACUGAGCUGCACCCAGAUUAGCCACUGCUGAGAUCCUCCUGAUACCGAAGGGAUGCCCAGCCCUUCUCCCAGCAGCUCUGUGCCUAGAAGCAUUCCACUGAGAAAGGAUUCUCCCCUCCCUGCAGGACAGGCCUGAGGGGGCACGGGCACGCUCUGAAAGUAGCAGUUCUUGUUUUGUCUGUGACAAGUGGAGCCCAGUGUCCCUCAUCAUGCAAGCACUUUAAUAGGAUACUUGCUCACGCAGUGCAGGGGGCUUUCACCAGGAGGGAGGAGAGGUGGGGAGGGGGAGAGUGAAUCAAGUCUCGCUCUGCUCAGGUCUGAAUCAAGCCGUUUUGCUCUGGGCAUCGCAGCAGCCACCCCUUCCAGGCUUUGAAUCAAGGGAGCCUGGACUUCUCCUCAGGGAGGUAUUUGUAUGCAAUUUCCUUACAAUUGUUUUAUUGAGGGGGAAAAAACCCAAUCAGCUGCAUUCUGAUGAACUGCGAGCCAGUCAAGUGUGUGGUUUCUUGGCCCUGUAACCAGGCUGGGCUGAGAUCCAAUAGACAGGAGGAGGGCAGGUGUGAAAGCAAGUGAGUUUAAUGCACAGGCAGUAUUUUCAGUCUGGCUAUUUCAGCCUGUCGACAUCCUGCUACAGUCCCCCAGUUUCCAAUCUUUGAGAUAGGCUGCAUGUCCUCCUCUUGUGGGUACCACUGCCCAUGCAAGCGUCCAAAGCUGAGCCUGACCAGGACAUCUGGGGUGGGAUUUGGGGGCCUGAUCUGGUUUGGCUGCAGUUUUGGAGCAACCCAGGUGACAGAUAACUCUUCUGGAAGCUGUUCAUGUGUCAUUCAGUAGUUUACACACACAUCCAUACGCGCCGAUCUUCCUUGUUUUGAUGAAAACAUCUUUCUGGGAACCAUUUGGGGAUGGUAAGCUACCUUAACCAAUUUGCAGCUUUUGAAGGGGAUGGAAAAGGCAAACAGCAUGUAAGAAAUACUUGGUUCAUAUUCUUUAGAUGAAGAUGACCAGGGUUUUUUUUUUUGUGCCUGGCAGCUCAAACAAACUAAAGCGAGAUAUGAUUCAAGUGGGUAACAGCUUUCCGUUAGAAAGCCUCUGUUAGAAGAAAUGCAAAAUGGAAGUUUGUACAAGAUGUCUGCUGAAGCAGUUUCCUUGGCCCAGAGUCUCCUGUCUUGGUGUCUUUGAACCUCUGGAUCCAGACAAGGGUGAGCUCUGUUGUCUGGUCCUCGAACAGCAUUUUGAAACCACCUCCCAACACCCAAAAGGGGUCAGCUUGGUUGGUUCUUGCGCACUGCUUUCUGCUCCUCAGGGUGGCACUGAGGUCAUUGUUUGCCAGCAGCUGUGACCUCCUUGACUGACCAGCUCCCUCCCUAACCCUAACCCUCCCCCUCCUCUGGUUCUCUGUGUAUUGUAGUUGAAAGGCGAGCUUUGCUUUCCCCACUGGGAUCUUCUUGCUGUCUUCUUCCAAAGCACCCAGCACUUUGCACUAUUCCUGGCCGUCUUUUGGCCUAGAUGUCCCGUGGCCUUUCUUAAUGUUCUCCUGGACUCCUCCAGAUGGUCCUUUGUGCACUUCCUGUCCUGUCCUGUCCUGUCCUGUCCUGAUCUCUGUGUAAAGGUUGCACCAGUCUCCUUCUUGGCCCUUUGGCUGCCUGAUAUCAGGGACAGCUGUUCUGGAGGGUUUGCCCUACUUCCCUCAGGGCCUGACCGGGAGGUGUCUCCAGUGGCUCGUGGGGCCCUGUCAGCCACAGCUGGGCCUGGCAUUUCCCUUCUCAAAGUGCCCAUCUCGUUCUCCACAGCAGUGCCAGUCUUCUGUGACUGUUGAGACUGUCUCCUUUGGAUAACCUACCCUAAAGCAUUCUUCUCUUUAACUCAUUACUGAAUCUGCUUUCUGAGGUGUUGCCUGUGUUGGCAUGCAGUUUUCACAACUGAAUUGAAAAUAGAGCUGCGGCAUGUGGAAGCAUCUUUGGCCAUGGCUCCAGCUGGGGUUGUUUCCCAGAGCAAUAAGCUAUUCCUCACUUGACACUACAGCGCAGUGGAGGCAGGGGGCUCCCUGAUGUGCAAUACGCUGAGAUGGGCAUUACUCAAGGAGUAGUGUUGGAAUGAGGGAAGACCAGUGAAUGAUGGCCACUGUGUCGUAUCUGCUAGCCUGCUUGCCAGAUCUACUUAGAGCUUCCCCUUGUCGCAAGCUGCUUCUGUCACCUGCCUGCAAGAGCACAUGUGCCUUUCCCCGUAGAAGCUCCCAGGUAUGUUAUUCAGCGGAGGGUCUGGCCCCACGGCUGAUUACAGAGGAGGAGGAAGGCAGGAAAGCUGAUUUGGAGGUCUGUCCCUACCCCCUGCCAGCAAUUGCUUGCGUAGCACCUUAGUUGGGGUGGGCCAUCUGCUCGGAUGCGGCUGGCAAAGGGAGUGUCUCUGUGUAGCAAAUCCAGAAUUAAGUCAUCUUCACACUGUAGCCACCUGCAUUAUAUCUAAAGCCUUAGGACUAGCUGAACACCCAGCCCCUUCUCCUACCAGAUUUUAAAGAAGCAUUAUCAGUCUAAGGGGGAUAAUCUAUUUUGUUGUGCUUUUUUUGUACUUGUUUUGAAUAAAUCAAUUUGUACUGUAUAUUUGUACUUUGGGUGAGAUCCUUUUCUCUGUUUUACCAUUUAAAGUCUCUGUACACACAGAUUGUAUUUUUAUUGUUAAUGCUCUUACAAAUACUGCAUUUAACUUGUUCACUAUGUAAACAGUAUAUAUAAAUAUAUACAUAUAUCUAUAUAUCUAUAUAA